AUGUCAAUCUCCGAAUCAAAGCCCUUGAUCAACCAAAACCCAGUCCUCCAAUCCUACUAUGCUUCCCUGGAAUCCAGAAUCGGAUACCGAUUUCUCUUAGGCGGGACGCGACAUUUCGGAUAUUAUGACACAGACACCUUAUGGCAACGCUGGUGGCCGUUCCCGAUCACAAAAGCCCUCCGCAGAAUGGAAGACUAUAUGUUUGAAACCUUGAAUUUACCAACUGGAGCCACAGUCCUCGACGCAGGAUGCGGAUAUGGCUUGGUUGCAAUCCAUAUGGCCAAUCGAGGUCUUAACGUGCGGGGUAUUGACAUCGUCGACCGCCAUAUCGCCAGAGCUCGAAGGAACAUCCGCGCUGCGGGCUUGGAUAAGGCUAUUAUGAUCCAGAAGGCUGACUACCACCGCCUGGAAGAGUUUGAGACAGAUUCGCUUGAUGGAAUAUACACCAUGGAGACAUUAGUACACGCGACAGACGUGAAGUCUGUACUGGAGGGAUUCCACCGUGUGUUGAAACCCGGUGGCUCGCUUGUGCUGUUUGAAUACGCGCACUUCACUUCUAAUGAUUCUGAAAGCACAAAGCUUUUUGACCAAGUAAAUGUGUAUGCAGCUAUGCCGGCCAAUGCGAAAUUUGAAGCGAAUACUUUGCGAUCGCUGGUGGAAGAGAUUGGGUUUGAAGAUGUGCAAACUCGGAAUCUGUCGGAGCAUGUCAAGCCGAUGCUACGUCUAUUCUACGCCUUUGCGUAUUUUCCAUAUCUUUUCGUCAGACUAUUUGGUCUUGAGAAGUAUUUUAUCAACAUUGUGGCCGCGAUCGUUGCAUAUCGGUAUUAUGAUCAGCAUCAAUAUGUCGCGAUUCGGGCUACAAAGCCUUUGUAA